GUGGUAUUUGUUCGAGGAGAGAGAGCUUAUCUUACCAGAAUCGAGCUGAAGUGAGUGGUGGUCUGUAAACUCGAGCUGUGAGAGUGCUGAGACUGUUUGGUUGAUAUCUCGAGUUAUACCAAUCCAAUUAAGGCGUGUGAGACACCCAAAGAAAGAUCUCAAGACGAGGAAUCUGUGAAGGUCUGGUUUGCAUCAAUCGGAGUAGUGGAAGGCUUCCAAAUCGUCCGAGCAAAACACAACCUCGCAGAAACGGAUCUACUUUUCUAAAGAAACGAGUUAAUCGGAAAACACCCAUUCUAGGGGCUGUUUUCGUAUCAACGAUUAAGGGUUGAACUAGCACUUUGAGGAGGCUGUUUAACACUCAUAUUUGAGCAAGGAAUCAGUUCCAAACCCACCUUGACCAAAGCUUUGACAAUUGGACCAAGAAGGGAAAGUUUAAAGCUCAAUUGAGGUGAGGAUUGACAUCUAAUUGCUUACAACUUGUAGGUUAAGCAUGAGAUUACCUAAAUGCUUAAAUCAUGAUUUUUCAUGGAUUAUGAUGAUUAUAUAUUGAUGAAAUAUUGAUAUAGUUGCCGAAGAAUGAAAUUUGAAAUGAAUUGAGAAGGUAUGAAUAAUAGGAGAUUAAAUGAGUAUAAAUGAACUAUUUGUGAAAAUGGGCAUUUUUCUCAUGUAUGAAUUAUGUGGAUACAUAAAUGAAUAUUUGUGUAUUGAGAAUGAAUGUUUAAGUUGCUGCUACAUAAUUAUAAAUAUGUAGAGAAUUACAAAUAACAAGGAUAAUGGUUUGAUAACAAUAAUCUUAAUAGUAUUGAAAUACUAGUUAAUGAUUAUUGGGAUUUAUUGAUUAAAUUGAUCCUAGGGAUUGGAUUGUAUGAAAGGUGCUUGAAUAUAGUUCAAGUGUAUAUAAUAACUUAGUAUGGAACUAAGGUUAAGUUAUGGGAAGUCUUUAAGGAUGACCCAUGGUAGUUUUAUGAUAUGUCAAUUCUAGGCAUAGGGUUGCUUGAGAAUUGGACCUUAAUGCAUGGUGAUGUAGUAGAGCCGAGCUCUAGAAUGCAUGUAAGGUGUAGACUUGUAGUCUACGUAUUGUAUAGCUAGAGCCGAGCUCUAGGGCUUGCGUGGUGAUGUAAUAGAGCCGAGCUCUAGAACGCAAGGUAAGGAAUUGACCCGAGUGACAUGAAUUGUAUGGUGAUGUAGUAGAGCCGAGCUCUAGAAUACAAUGUCGUGUGUUAGGGUUGGACUCUAUUGAGUAUCGUGGUUUGUAGCCACGGGAAAUGGGAAUGGUGAUUUCUAAAUGAACAUGGGCCCACGGGCCGACUACUUGACUUUUACCUAAAGUAAGUAUAUUUUCAAAUGGGUAACUUAGGGUUACAAUCAUAAUAUACUAUCACCCUAUUUGAGGGUCUUGUGCUUGAAAUACUUGUUGUAUAUCUAUUAGAUGCCUGCCACACCAGUACUUUAUAGCCGUAUAGAGUACUGACCCCUUCGGGGGCGUCCCACCACCAUUUCAGGUUGAGGCUAGAGCUUGCUUCCUGUGCUCGUUGCCCGAGUGAUUUCCCCGGAGAGAAGACUUGAAAUGGACCGUGGUGGCAGGAUUACUAGGAGAAACCCGACCGGCCGUGUACCAGAGGAGACUGGACAGGGCAGUCGAAGGACCUCUAGGGCAUCUAGAGGAGCUGGCCGUGGAGGCCGAUCACAGACCGUGAGUGACGGUCAUGUCGACACAGAAAGUGAAACCUACUGGUCCUAUGAGGACUCGACUUACCAACCGGGGACCGAGCCGGUUGAGACCCCUUACGAAGGGGAUGACGAUGAUGUGAGCGAUGAAGAGGGGGAGAAUGACUCCCUAGCAAGAAUAGAGGCGCUGCUCCAACAAUAUCACCGUGAGCGUGAAGAGAGGAGGGAACGCCGAAGGCGCCGGGCUGGGCAACCUUCGGGCAUGGCUUCACGAGGAGGAAGUCAUGGUGCAUCUAGAGUCCAUGUGGAACCACGUGGAGGCCAAAAUGAUGGAGGUCCAACCAUAAGGAUCUCCAAGUACAUCAAAGAAGCAAGAGAUUUGGGGUGCAAACCCUUUGAUGGAGCAGGGGACAUUUCAGUGGCAGCACAAUGGAUCAAGAGGCUAAAUGAAGCGGUCCUUGACAUGCAAAUCGCGCCGAAUCUCAAACUGAGAAUUGCGGUAAGAUUGCUCGAGGGGAUGGCAUCCAAGUGGUGGGAUGGAACCAAGAACAAGUACGGUGAGACCGUCGUUUGGGAGGACUUCCAACGGGAGUUCUUUGCCCAAUACUAUUCUGAUUUCGAGGUGAAUAAGAAGGUGAGGGAAUACACCCUCCUAACCCAAGGGGGUAACAUGUCAGUGAAGGAGCUUGAGUACAAGUUCCGGGAUCUCGCCGACUACAUACCGGAGUAUGCUUGUGACGAGAACCGCAUGGUGAACCACUUUUGGGACGCUCUUGACUUGGAGAUACGUGAUAGGGCAACGCAAUUGCCUAAUAUGACUUUCGCCCAAGUGGUUGAACAAGCAUUGAAAGGGGAGAAACAGUGGGAGGAACGGAAGAAGAGAGACGCCGAAGAGGCGAAGAAGAGAAAAUGGGAGAGUCAUGGCUCCCAAGGUUCCAACAAAAGGGGGAACCACGGAGGAGGAUCUUUCCGGGCACCACCGCCACCAUCAAGGGGGAACCAAGGCCCAAGUGGGCAAGGCUCGAGGUCACAGACCUCAGUGGUAACUCGUUGCAACAAUUGCAAGAGGAACCAUUCCGGUAAAUGUCGCGACCCCCCUAGAUGUUUCCAAUGUGGGGAUGCCGGGCAUUUGAAGGCACAUUGCCCACAACUGGGCGGGGCAAGGACAUCGGGACCAAGUAGUGGCCCGACGGGUACACGGAAUCAGACCGGGGCUUCUCAAGCAAGCAGGGGGCAAGGGGGAGCAAGUGCGAGCAACGCGCCAUCCGUGAACCAAGGGAGGACCCAGGCUAGGGUCUAUGCGAUGACGGAGGCGGAUGCUCAAGCUAACCCGGACUCCGUCGCAGGUUGAGGCUAGAGCUUGCUUCCUGUGCUCGUUGCCCGAGUGAUUUCCCCGGAGAGAAGACUUGAAAUGGACCGUGGUGGCAGGAUUACUAGGAGAAACCCGACCGGCCGUGUACCAGAGGAGACUGGACAGGGCAGUCGAAGGACCUCUAGGGCAUCUAGAGGAGCUGGCCGUGGAGGCCGAUCACAGACCGUGAGUGACGGUCAUGUCGACACAGAAAGUGAAACCUACUGGUCCUAUGAGGACUCGACUUACCAACCGGGGACCGAGCCGGUUGAGACCCCUUACUCUGUUUUGUGAUGCUUGGACGAAUACAUAAGGGGUGGGGGUAAAGAGACAUCCUUUUUGUCUCUCUUGCACAUUAGGCGAGGGAGGGUAAUCAUGUCAACUAGAAGCAUUUCAACUCAAGUCCAACACCUCCCCAUCCCCGUCCUCUCAAUUCAGCCGUCUUAUGGGUUGUCUUUGACACCCAAAUUCAUGGGGUGGCCCCACUCAUGUGGGAGGUCAUCCAUUUAUGUCCCCGAAAGUUGCAUUUCUCGUAGUGUUUUAAUUAUAAUUUAUUUUAUCGGGUUAAAAAAAUAUCAUUACCCAAUCACUAUGGGCCUCUAG